AUGGUAAACGCAACAAUGGCAACCUUCAAUAAUUGUGAUUUUUCAGUGACUUUUUUCAAGAAUAAUUCUUUCAUUCAAACCACCAUUUACAAUUCAUCUUUUUUUCGAGCUUCUUUAAAACAAUCAUCAUGGUAUAAAGCAAAGAUUAGUUAUACUUCUUUCUUCGAGGCUGAUAUGACCGAUAUUAAUUUUAUCGAUAGUGAAUGUCAUUAUUGUCACUUUAAUCAGACUCUAUUAAAAGGUGCAAACUUUACAGAUUCAUCACUUGAUGGAAGUGAUUUUAGCCAAGCUAAUAUUACUUAUCAAGAAUUAAUCGUUGCUCGAUCUCUUCAAAAUGUUAUUUUACCUAAUGGAACUAUUUUUCAAUAA